AUGGAGAGAGGCGCGGGUGGCGGCGACAAUUCGACGAGGGCCGUCGGCAUGUGUGACCGACUCCUGACCUUCCUCGCCAAGAACCUGUCGAUGAACAGGCCGGGGAGCAUCACCGAGGGGCCAAGAGACGCUGGCGCCGGCGGCGAUCACAGGAAUCACGCAGAGGAGGAAGACGACGAGUUCGCUGUGAAGAUCGAGAAAGCCGAGUUCGAGUUCAGCCACGAGGAAGAAGGCCACAGUAGCUUCACGGCCACCAUCCUAGAAGAGACAACUGCAGAUGUGAGAGCAAGUGAUCAGCACAAGCAGGCCACGGCGGAAGCCGGCCAUCAGGUGGAGGCGACGGAAGCGGGCGCAGCGGCUGUGCAGGAGAAGAAGCCGAGGAGGUCCGUGACGAUAAAGGAGGAGGCCGGCGGAGUCAAGGACAAGGCCAAGAAGUCGCUGUCAAAGAAGAGGCAAUCGUCGUCGUUGAGCGGCGGCGGCCAGCUGGUCGGGGCAGGAGGGGAGGACCCGAUCCCGAAGCCGCCGCUAAGGUGGGGGCUCCGGCCGAGGAUGCCGGCGGCGAACCUGAGGGUGCCGUCCAACAUCAAUGAGAAGUCGUCCAACUUCAUUGAGGAGCGCAGGAGGGGCUUCGGUGCCGGCGGCAAGCCGGGGAAAUGA